AGAGAGAGAGAAGAAUUUGUAGAACCGCGGAACGAAUGAAGUACACAGCUUUUUAACAAAGAGAAGGCAAAGCCAGAAAGCAGCACCGCCACAAAGCGAGAGAAAGAUCGAACAGGCCUCCAACUCUAACAAGAAUUUAGUUGACAAUUUAGACAGAGAGAGAGAGAGAGAGUAUUAUGGCGAUGCGUGAGCUUGUUACCGGUGGAGCUGCUUGUGCGGUACCCGGCUCUUCUUCUUCUUCCAAUCCUCUCGGUGCUCUGGCCAACGCUCUUAUUGGAUCUUCUUCUAAGGAAAAGAUAAAGGAGAUUCCUACGUCUGUACCCACAAGUUCCGAGAGGCAUUUCUUCGCAGAUACCGAUGAUCAUUUAGGAGCUUUUGAUCGGUCAUUUGUGGAAUCCAACGAUCAGGGCUCAGACUUUCUUCGCGGCUUCCGCUCUGCAGGGCAGGGUGAACUUUCAGCUGCGUGGGAUGAUAUACAGCGUUCUCACGCUCCGCUUCCGCCUCAGGGUAGGGGAAGUCAAACCCUCAACCCUGAGCUUGACCGCAUAUAUGAUAGGGCAUCUCUCACUCAGCCUCAGCAACCAAUUUUGGAUGGGCCACCGCAGAGAGUGUUGUCCAGCUUCUUGCAUUCCUUCGUUGAUAGUAGCCGUGGUGGAGUUCCGUUUCGCCCUAUUCCACUCCCAAUAUUAGGUUUGUCUGAAGGUGACAAGCAAUGCAUACGCGACCGUAGCAGCAUAAUGGCCCGACAUUUUUUUGCAGAUAAAAGUGAAGACUUCAUAAAUGCACAGGUUAAUGCUCUUUUAUGUUCUUUGGAUAUUGAUGGUGACAUUCGAGCUAAGGGGCCUCUGCCUGGGAGAUUUAGGGAACUAGAGGAUUACUGGAAUGAGUCCCAAGAUAGCCUGAAACAUGGUGCUCAUGCCGCAGAUCAAUGGGUAGCUGAAUUUAACCAACAGAGAACGGAACAUGGCGAUGCCGAUGCUUGGGCUCACUCUUUUGAACAACAACAUGGUGCGAUUGGUUGGGCCUCUGAAUUCGAGCAGUUGACGUCGGUAGAUCACAUGAGAGGUGCAAAUAUCUCAAACUUUGCUGCCAUGGAGCAGACCCGCAUGCUUGCAAAUACAUUAGCCCAAAAUGAUGACCCUAAAUUUCAGAACUCAAAAUUUCUUCAGUUUUUGUCAAAGAUGAGUCGUGGUGAACUUAUUAUUGAUGAUAAUCAAGUCAAGGAAACUGCAUUACCGGCAUCAGGGGAUUGGGCAGCAGAAUAUCGACAACAGUAUAACAGGAGUUCUGCUUGGGCUGAUGAAUUUCUUUCUCAUGGUUCUGAUCAAUGGGUGAAUGAGUUUACAACCGAACAAGAGCAACAUGGGCCCGUUGAUGAUCAGUGGGUCAAUGAAUUCUCUAAGCUGCACGUUCAGGACUGGGCAGAAGAGUUUGGGCGUCAAGUUGGUGAAGGGGCUUUGGAAGAGGAUUCUGCUGAUAAUUGGGCGAAUGCAUAUGAUGAGUACCUAAAUGAACAAGUGGCUUCCAAGAAUCGGUCGGACACUUCAAGGGGGUUAUAUGUCUUUUCCGAUAUGAAUCCUUACGUUGGUCACCCCAAUCCCUUAAAAGAAGGUCAGGAGCUGUUCCGCAAAGGUCUUCUGAGUGAAGCAGUGCUUGCAUUAGAGGCUGAAGUCUUGAAAAACCCUGACAUUGCUGAAGGUUGGAGGUUACUGGGAAUAGCGCAUGCCGAGAAUGAUGAUGAUCAACAGGCUAUUGCAGCCAUGAUGCGUGCGCAGGAGGCAGAUCCAACAAAUCUGGAAGUGCUUCUUGCCCUUGGAGUGAGUCAUACAAAUGAACUUGAGCAGGCAGCUGCAUUGAAAUAUUUAUAUGGAUGGUUACGUCAUCACCCAAAGUAUGGGACACUUGUCCCUCCAGAGCUGUCCGAUUCUUUGUAUUAUGCUGAUGUUGCUAGAUUGUUCAACGAAGCUGCUCAAAUGUCGCCAGACGAUGCUGAUGUUCACAUAGUUCUUGGUGUCUUAUACAAUUUGUCCAGAGAGUAUGACAAAGCCAUUGCAUCUUUUCAGACAGCUUUGAAACUGAAGCCCCAUGAUUACUCUCUUUGGAACAAGCUUGGUGCAACACAAGCAAAUAGCGUUCAGAGUGCUGAUGCAAUAUUGGCUUAUCAAAAGGCACUAGACUUGAAACCUAAUUAUGUUCGUGCUUGGGCAAAUAUGGGUAUCAGUUAUGCCAAUCAGGGCAUGUACGUGGAUUCCAUAUGUUACUACGUCCGGGCACUUGCUAUGAAUCCAAAGGCAGACAAUGCAUGGCAAUAUUUGAGAAUUUCUUUGAGCUGUGCUUCUAGGAAUGACAUGCUUGAAGCUUGCGAUUCCCGGAAUCUUGAUAUUCUUCAGAAGGAGUUCCCAUUGUAAGUUUUAUGUGUUGGAGCUGAGGAUGAAUAAGGGGGUCAAGCACUGAGAUGGGGGGAAAUAUGAAGCCUCCCUCUUUGUAUAUUUAGCUAUUUGAGAAACACGAGGAUGAUAGUAGGUCUACUUAAUGCUUCCAGGUGAGGAACAUGCUUUUAAAAAUGUUGAGCAACAAACACUAUAUAACGCAGGUGGGCAGGGUUAUUGGUGAUGAAUAAGGAAUUUAUUUAGGGAAUUAAUGUAUGAAUAUUUGAUAAAUACGUCCAUAUUUAAACGCA